CUCCAAGAUAGUCACCGCAGGCGACUCUUCGGCUUCGGCUUCGGCUUCGGGCUCUUCAUCCUCGGCCAAGAUGAAAAUCUUGCUCCUUGACAGUGAGACAGUGGGACUUGCGCAGAUCGUGUCGAAUAGACGCCGUAUGUGCGUGCUAACGGCUCUGGAAUAGGUCCCCAUUGUCUCCACCGCCAUUACUCAAUCCGCCCUGUUGAAUCAUGAAGUCUAUCUGAUUGAUCGGAUCGAUAAUGCUUCUCGGGAACGAAUGCGACAUUUACGGUGCCUGUGCUUCAUACGACCAUCCCCCACCUCUAUCCAAUUCCUGAUCGACGAGCUUCGCGAACCGAGGUACGGGGAAUACUAUAUCUACCUCAGCAAUAUCAUCCGCAAAUCCUCACUCGAGAGGCUUGCCGAAGCCGACUCCCAUGAAGUCGUUCGCCUGGUCCAGGAGCACUUCGCAGAUUUCCUCGUGAUCAACCCGGAUUUGUGCUCCUUGAACCUUGGAUUCCCUCAGCAGCGGUUAUGGAGCCAGUCGCCAGAUUUGUGGAACCCCGAUGCCCUACAGAGAGCCACGGAAGGCGUCAUUGCCAUCCUAUUGUCCUUGAAAAAGAACCCGUUGAUUCGCUACGAGAAGAACAGCUUGUUGGCCAAGAAACUGGCCACCGAGGUCCGCUACCAGUUGACCCAAGAGGAACAGCUAUUCAAUUUUCGCAAGACGGAUACGCCGCCGAUACUAUUGAUCUUGGACCGGAGAGAUGAUCCCAUCACGCCGCUACUCACACAAUGGACUUACCAGGCCAUGGUGCAUGAAUUGAUGGGCAUCCACAAUGGUCGAGUGGAUCUGAGAGACGUGCCCGAAAUCCGACCGGAGCUGCGGGAAAUCGUUCUUUCUCAAGACCAGGAUCCGUUCUUCAAGAAGAAUAUGUAUCAGAACUUUGGCGAUCUGGGCCAGAACAUCAAAGAAUACGUGGAGCAAUAUCAGGCGAAGACGCACAGCACAAUGAACAUCGAAUCGAUUGCAGACAUGAAACGCUUUGUUGAAGACUAUCCCGAAUUUCGCAAGCUUUCCGGGAAUGUUAGCAAGCAUGUUACCCUGGUUGGCGAGCUGAGCAGACGUGUGGGUGAAGAGGAUCUUCUGGACGUGAGUGAACUGGAACAGAGUUUGGCUUGCAAUGACAACCACGCGAAUGACCUCAAGAAUCUCCAAAGAGUAAUACAAUUACCAAAGGUGUCAGCUGAGAGCAAGUUACGGCUAGUGGCAUUGUAUGCCAUCCGGUAUGAAAAGCAGCCCAACAAUGCUCUUCCAAUUCUCCUGGACCUGCUGGUCACUGCGGGCGAUAUUCCUUCGUACAAAGUCAACAUCAUCCCCAAAUUACUCGCUUAUCACCAUUCCUUGCAGGCGCCUCCGGUCGCUGGUGGCUUCUCAGACUUGUUCGAGUCCACUUCCUUGUUCUCUGGUGCGCGAGAUCGCUUCAAGGGACUCAAAGGUGUAGAGAACGUCUACACGCAACAUUCUCCGCGCUUAGAAGCCACGCUUCAGAACCUGAUCAAAGGCCGAUUGAGGGAACUCCAGUACCCCUUUCUCGAGGGCGGGGGCCAUACCCGAGACAAGCCUCAGGACAUAAUCAUCUUCAUGGUUGGUGGCGCAACCUACGAAGAAGCCAAAAUGGUCGCUCAAGUCAACGCUAGCUCGCCUGGAGUGCGGGUGGUUUUGGGUGGCACAACCAUUCACAAUAGCACAAGCUUCCUGGAAGAAGUUGAUGAUGCUGUGAGCGGUUGGCCCGAGCCCGGGCCCUCGACUGCCGCUGGACGGUUGCAGAGGGCUAUUGGGCAUUAGGUAUAUUCAUGGGGGCUCUAUUAUUAAUAUAUCCAUUGUUCAUUCUCCGUCUGUAGCAUGCUACUUUGCACUUUGUACCGUCAGUCUGGAUUUUACAAACUCGCACUCAAGAUCGCGGCGGCUGUACAGCUAAGCGGGGCUGUAAUGACAUGAGGCGCGAUCACCAAGUAGAACUAUUGUAGGUAGUUGCAGAG